UUAAAAAAAGAUAAUUAAAAAUAAUAAAAGUACAUAGUAAAAACCAAUAUUAAAUGUCUUCAACUCAUGCCGCCCUAAUUUCAUUCUGAAUUAACGCAGCAGCGCCGCUUCUAUCUUCUCUCUCUAUUUUCUUUUAAUUUCUUCAUCUUAUCUCCUCUCAAAAAAAAAAAAAAAAAAAAUCUUCAUCUUUUCUCUCUGCGUCGUCUUCUUCAAAAUAAGAUCUUUUAUGGCUUGACUAACAUCGCAUCUUUGUUGCUAUAUAUGAGUUGCUUCAUAGAUCUGAUCGGCAAUGGAUAUAGUCGUAGAAGGUUGUGGGCAACUGAGAUGCGAUAGUGCAGGUUAGGAUUUGUUGUUGCAAUCUUUUUUUUUUUUUUCUCCUGCGGCGGUGCAUGAACUUGCUAAAGAAGUUCCCUUUCGCCUCGAACAGCAGCAGCCGCCGCCAUUGUUCCUCCCUUUCUCGCCGAUCUGUUGACAUCGCCGUCGAACAGUGUCAAUCACCAUACCACCAUCCGCCUCUUCUUUCAAACCCUCUCUGCACCACCCCACACUUCCUCCCUCUUCUCUUCUCUGCCCUUAAUUUACUCUCUCUCGUCGUCUAACCCAUAUAUGACAGUUUCAAAGGAUGGAAAAUUAGCAGCUAAUGAGCUGCUAUUUAUAGAUUGUAAGUACUUAGUAAAUUCAAAUUCAAAUUUGGGCUCCAUAAAUUGGAGCCAAAACUGCAUAACUUGUAAUAAUCCAGCAGAUAAGAAUCACAUUCCCUAGGAUUCUAUGCUUUAAUAUAUGUAUAGAUAAUAUUCACCGGAUAAUCGGAUGUCUGCAUUGGCGGGAAUCACAUUCCCUAGGAUUCUAUGCUUUAAUAUAUGUAUAGAUAGAUAGAUAGAUAGAUAGAUUAAGUAAAUCUUAAUAUAUCUCUCUCCGCCGGCCUCACUCUCAUUCUCUAGCCGCCGGUCACCCCCCGCCCUCGGAUCGCCCCGCCCCGCCUCCGGUGCUAGCAGCACUGCAAGCCGGCAGCAUUACCCCAGAUUCACCGCAGCAGGAGUCCGGCAGACGGCAGUCCUCCUCUACGGCCUCUGCGGCUCCUUCUCGGUGUCUCAGUCCGGCCUUCACAGCAACAGCCAGCAGAUCAAAUACAAUCACAAUUACAGACGCCGCAGCUUCCGAGGCCACCGCCGGCAGCGAUUCAAUCUUCGUUCUCGAAGCCUCUGCGCGUUCAGAGUUACUUCCUCAUUCAGCGUGUAAUUGGAUAUGGUUGCAGACAACUAGAGUAGUUUAUGUUGUCCCCUAACAAAAAGAAUAGUUUAUGCUGGAAAAGAAAUGAACAUUCAGCAAGCAUGGUGGACUUCUUGGUACGUCUUCCGAGUGUUACCCCUUCCCCACUCUUUUGAGCUUUUGCCCCUAGGGUAUACCCUAGUAACUUGUAUGUUUAUGUUAUUUUAAUGUAUUUAUGUACCCGCCAAAAAAAAGGAGAUGCAAAUUUGGAUAUCAUGGUGUUUUUAAGUCCCUGGUGGUUCUGUUUGAUAACUAUUAGUUGAUCAUAAGGAGUUCUUAUAUUGAAAAAUGCUGCAAAGCAUUCCCCACCAGAUUGUGCAAUCUCCAGCCAGGUUGGGCCUGCCAAACCCCAACUCGCCAUCUCUUCAGAACCCUAACCCACCUAAAUUCUCGUCUCAAAACCCACAAACUCAACAGUCCCACCAGCCAUUGAAUCAGUUAACAACUCCCAGCGUCUCAUCAACACUCCUUCCUCUCCUACCACCUCUCCCCAGAGCUCAAUCUCUUCUCCUUCAAAUGGCAUCUCUUGCCUCUAAAUUGUUUGAAGUCUCACCCAGUCGUCCACAUUGGAUCAGUGCAUUUCGAGGCUCUCUGCCUUCCUUCUUGUCUUCGCAAUCACAAUCCCCAACACCUGCUCAGGCAGACUCCGCCCCCUCUUCUGCCAAAGAAAUCAUUGCUCAAUUCACAACCCUUCAGAGUCAGCUCUUUGAAGCCGUUGCUGGACUCCAGGAGAUACUCGAUCUUCAAGAUGCUAAACAGAAGCUUACCCGUGACAUCAGGUCCAAAGAUGUUUCUCUUCUUGCAUUUGCCAACAAACUUAAGGAAACCGAGCAUGUUCUUGACAUGCUAGUUGAUGAUUACUCUGACUACCGUCGCCCUAAAAGAACCAAAUCAGUGGAUGAUGCGGAUAAUUCCUCGAAAACUACAGUUGAGACACAGCUAAAAUUGUCAGAUAUCCUCUCUUAUGCACAUAAAAUUAGUUAUACUACCUUUGCACCUCCAGAAUUUGGCGCUGGACAAGCUCCUCUCCGAGGAGCACUCCCUCCUGCACCACAAGACGAGCAGAUGCGUGCAUCACAGUUAUAUAACUUUGCUGAUCUGGAUAUUGGAUUGCCCAAAACAGACGAGGGUAAAGAGAAAAUUAUCGAAGCACUCAUUGAAACCCCUGCUGCACCACCUGCAGAGAGCAAUCCACUGGCAAGCUUAUCAGCAAUUCAAGGCUUGAAUACGUCGACUUUAGUUGCACCACCAGGAUGGAAACCUGGAAUGCCUGUGGAACUGCCUAUUGAUCUAUCAGCUCUUCCUCCUCCGCCUCCCGGGUGGAAGCCUGGUGACCCGUUGCCCCCAUUGGAUGCUCUUCCUCUCCUACCAAGAGUCGAGGAACAGCAGCCAAGGCCCGGCCCUCCUCCUGGUCUUGUGAAAGCUCCGGAGCCUAUACAGGUACGGCAUGUGCAGCUUGAUAUCGAGGAUGACAGUAGUGAAGAUUUUAGCAGUGAUGAUGCCAGCUCUGGAAGUGAUUGAUUGGUUGAUAGGAGCUGUAGAAAUUAGUGUCUUUAUCAUUUAUGCUUGAAGCUCUAGAUGGUUUGAUCCCUUCCUUUUGGUCGCUACUCAAUAUUCAAGAAUUCAAGUGAAAGAGAAAAUGGUUGAAGCUCUUUUCAGUUUAUAUCAUCAAAUGUCUUGUACCACUUCAUUGUAGAUUCAAAGUUUAUUGAUCUUACGUUUAUAUGAGUGAUGAAGUUUGAGGUAAUAUGUUAACGUCACAUUUUAAUGAAAUUUAG